AUGAGCCGUUGUCCUCCAGGCCCCUCUGCCACUGUCCUGCGCUGCAGCCAGCUGACUGAGGACUCAAAUGGUUCACAAGCUGACCUCCUGGAAAGCUCUGGAGUUACUGCAGGCGGUGGGGAUAGCGGCAUGCUUACUCUGUACAGCAUGACUCACAGCCUGUCUUCAGGAAAGGGGCCUGUGAUUGCACAGAGACAGAAGCACACAGGGGCUGUGAGAGCCCUCGACAUCAGCCCUUUCCAGGGCAACCUCCUGUCCUCAGGUGCCAGUGAUUCUGAAAUCUUUAUGUGGGAUUUGAAUAACCUGAUUAUCCUUCCUACCAUCCUGUCUCUGCAGCCCUCAGGAGACAUCAGGGCACUCUCUUAGAACCGGCAAGUCCAGCACAUUCUGUCUUCUGCUCACCCCAGUGGCGUGGCUGUUGUGUGGGAUCUCAAGAGAAAGGAGCCUAUCAUCAAAGUCAGUGAUCACCAAAACCAGAUGCAUUGUUCGGGCCUGGCCUGGCACCCAGACAUAGCUACUCAGAUAGUGCUAUGCUCAGAGGACGACCGUCUUCCCGUGAUUCAGUUGUGGGGUUUGCGCUUUGCCUCCCCACCUCUGAAGGUGCUAGACAGUCACAGCAGGGGGGUCUUGUCAAUGUCAUGGAACCAGGUUGACACUGAACUGUUACUCAGCAGUUCCAAAGACAACCAGAUCUUGUGCUGGAACCUGGGGAGCUAUGAGGUGGUAUAUAAGCUGUCCACACAGAACAGCUGGUGUUUCGAUGUCCAGUGGUGCCCUUGGGACUCUUCAGUGUUCUCCACUGCCUCUGAUACCUGGAUCAGUUUGUACUCCAUGAUGGGUUGGAGCUGGGAGGGCCAGCACAUGAGACAGGUUCGAAGGAUUUCCUCCUCUUUCAGUAAAGGCCACCCUCUGUCACCACUGCAGGUGUCAGAGCAAAUGGCCCAAGCAUCACAGGUCCCUCCCAUGAGAAAGCCCCCCAGAUGGAUACAAAGGCCAUCAGGAGUUUCUUUUGCUCUUGGGGGGAAGCUGGCUACCUUUGGGCUUGCCGGUGCCCCUGCUCAGCAAGCAGCACCGUUUCGCCCCCAGAUUGUCUUCGUCAGCCAAGAGACCACAGAACCCGGAUGCCUGGCGUGAUCAGCUGGGCUGCGGAGCCUGGCAUCAGGAGGUCUCCUGAGUUAUUGUCAGAGCCAGGGCCAGCGGGCUUCCCUGGCGAGUGAAAAGAUGCUGUGGCAGUUUGUGAAGGUGACUUUAGAGCAAGAUUCCAGAAUAAAACUCUUGAAGCUAUUAGGGUAUGAUAAAGGUGAGCUUCAGAAGAAGGUGACCAGCCAGUUGAAGAGUAACUUGGGGCCUGUGGAGAGCCCUCAGCCCCAGGGAGAUUCCCUCAACCAUAAUAGGUAACUGACCUUUGGUAGCCAGACCUCCAAACACCCCACAGAGGAAGCCUCUGCAUCCUCAGCCUUCUUCGAUGAACUUGUCCCUCAGAACAUGACUCUGUGGGAGAUCCCCAUCACGGAGCUGCCUCUUCCCACAGACAUAGAUGGAAUCCUGAGCCAGGCCCUGCUGCUGGGGGAGCUAGGCCCUGCUGUGGAGCUAUGUCUGAAGGAAGAGCACUUCGCUGAUGCUGUCAUCCUGGCACAAGCUCGGGGCACAGAUCUGCUGAAGCGACAGGAAUGCUACUUUGCCAAGAGGAGAACCAAAAUCUCCUUGCUUCUUGCCUGUGUUAUACAGAAGAAUUGGAAGGAACUGGUGAGCACCUGCAGCCUGAAGAACUGGAGAGAGGCCCUGGCCUUGCUUCUGACAUACUCAGAGCCAGAGAAAUUUCCUGAGCUCUGUGACAUGCUGGGAACUCACAUGGAACAGGAGGACAGCAGGGCACUAACUGAUGAAGCCAGACUCUGUUAUGUAUACUCAGGGAACGUGGAACAGCUGGUAAAGGGCUGGGCAAGAUGUCACCAGACCUCAUCCCCUGUGGCUCUGCAGGACCUGAUAGAGAAGGCAAUGGUCCUGAAGAAGAGGGCUUCUGGCAGGGUGAGCCCAUGUCCUACCACAACCUACAGGCUCAUCCAGUAUGCCAACUUCCUGGCUUCCCAGGGCAGCCUGGCCACUGCCAUGAGCUUCCUACCCAGCAACUAUGCUCAGCCACCAGUGCUGCAGCUGAGAGAUCGGCUUUUUCAUGCGUGAGGUUCUGCUGUCACAGGUCAAUGGUCCUGCUUUUCCUUUCCCCUGGGUUGUUGUGGGAGCUGCCCCUGCUCUAAAGAGAUGUCUCCUUACAGAUCAGGAUCCCAGCCUUCUCACCAGGCCAUGGGCCACAUCUCAGUGGUCCCUAUGCCCUCAGCAACUGGCCCUCCCUGUGGCCCUCCUGGAGGCCCUCACCAGCACUCUGGUGUGCAGACUGUAGGUGGUGCCUUGGCCUCUGGGCCCCAGGCAGCUGUCUGGACUUUUAUGCCUCCAGCACCAAUCACUGCUGCAGAGGAACUCAGCCCAGAGCCAAACCAGGUCCUUCCAGCACAGAUCCCUGUCUCCAGUGUGAGGCACACACUCCCUGGAGCUCCAGGGCAACUCAGCUUGCAGCCUCAGCUCCUGUCUCCUAAGAAGAUGGAAAGGAAGGAGCUGCCCCCAGCACAUCUGUCCUUGAAGGCCAGCUUUGAGGCGCUUCUCCAGCGCUGCUCCCUGCCUGCAGCUGACUUAAAGACAAAAAGGAAGUUGGAGGAGGCAGCGCAGCGCCUGGAAGGUCUCUACCAGCAGCUGUGUGAGAGGACGCUCUCACCACACGUUGUGGCUGGACUCCAUGAAGUUUCCUGGUGUGUGGAUGCAGGACGUUUCAUGCAGGGCCUAGAGAUCCAUGCCCAGGUGGUGGGCUGCAGCAGCGUCAGCGAGGUGUCCAGCUUCAUGCCUGUCCUGAAGGCUGUCCUCACCAUUGCAUGUAAGCUACAAGUUUGA